AAAAGGGUCUCCCUUGCAUUCCAUUCCACUGCUCUGGUAUAUAUCUCUCUAUAAAUAAAUUGAAUGUCUCGACGCUCGGAUUAUCUAACGACGGAGAGCUAAGGACCCUUUUGAUUUACAGAGAGAGGAAGCUAGCCGAAGACCGGAGCAAUGGCGCUUGCAGCCAAGGAGUCGGCCAUAGAGGCUUGGUACAUUGACGACAGCGACGAAGACCAGAGGCUUCCCCACCACCGCAAUCCGCCGCAAUAUGUGACCCUGGACAAGCUUAAAGAAAUGGGAGUUUUGACCUGGACGCUGGACGCCGAUAACUAUGAAACAGAUGAGGAGUUCAAGAAAGUUUAUGCAGCCCAAGGAUACACCUACUCGGACCUAGUGGAGGUUUCCAAGAGUAACAUGGAAGAUUACGAGGUGAAGCUCAAAAGCUGGUUCGGCGUACACACGGGCGCCGAAGACAAAACCCGCUUCUGCCUCGCCGGAAGUGGGUACUUCGACGUGAAGGACCCGAAGGGCGAGUGGGUCCGCGUGUGGCAAAAGAAAGGUGGCUUGAUUGUCCUCCCUGCUGGACUUCCCCACCGCUACACCCUCGACACAAACAACACUCACAAGGUGAUGCGACUCUUUGUUACUCCACCAUAAGAGACCUCGCGAUCAUUUAUAGCUUCUUGGUGAUCUGAUCUGUGGGCUGUGUUAACUGUUGUUGUAGCAGCAAGAGUCUCGAGAGAAGACUAAUUAAAUUUGCUUUUGGGUUGUUGUGUUGUUAAUGUCUUUGUAUUCUGGCUAAUAAUAAUAAUAAAUAAUACGUAUUUGAUCA